AUAGGUUGUUGUUCUGCAAUGGAUAGAAAUGACCAAGACACUAGUGUGAAGGUGGCUGUCAGAAUAAGACCACAGAAUGCUAAAGAACAAGUUGACAUGUGUCGUGUAUGCACAUUUGUAACACCUGGUGAACCUCAAGUUGUACUGGGAAGAGAUAAAGCAUUCACUUAUGAUUAUGUUUUUGAUACUGGAACAGAACAAGUUCAACUGUAUACUUCAUGUGUUGAGAAACUUGUUGAAGGGUGUUUCAGUGGCUUAAAUGCUACAGUCUUGGCUUAUGGACAGACUGGUAGUGGUAAAACAUACACAAUGGGAACAGGAUUUGAUGUGACUGUGUUACCCGAUGAACAAGGUGUAGUACCAAGAGCUGUACACCAUUUGUUUAAUGGUAUUAAUAGUCGUAUUCAAGAUGCUAUAAAAGAGAAAAGAGAUCCACCACAGUUUGAUGUCUCUGCUCAAUUUCUUGAGCUGUAUAAUGAAGAAAUUAUUGAUUUGUUUGAUCCUUCAAGAGACACCUCUAACUCUAAACGACUUAAAAUACAUGAAACACAUGAGGGUGUUAUUUAUGUUGAUGGAGCUGUUGUUCAGUCAGUUAAAAGUGAGAGUGAGACUCUUGAUGCUCUUAAAAGAGGCGCCCUCUCACGGACUGUUGGAAGUACCAACAUGAAUGCUCAGUCUUCAAGAUCACAUGCCAUCUUCACAAUCAGUGUGUCACAGAAAAGACCAGUGUUACAAUCGACUGAUGCCAGUGAUUCUGCUGGUUCUCAAGAUUGGGAGACACUAACAGCAAAAUUUCAUUUUGUUGAUUUGGCUGGUUCUGAAAGAUUAAAGAGAACAGGUGCCACAGGAGAGAGAGCAAAAGAAGGAAUUAGCAUUAAUUGUGGUCUGGUAAGCAUUUGUGUACAUAUGUACAAUUAA